CACUUGUGUUUUCACAACACGAGGUACUAGUCUCUCCGAAACGUUUUAAUCAACUUUUGAAGAGAAGAAAGGAGGUGGGACUAACAGCCCCCAUGGAUCGAGUCACUAAUGGAAUCGUAUUUGUUCUCCAUAUUUGGAUCUUAUUUGUUCUGGCAGAGGGAUUUAAUUCCGAAAUUAGUCCGGCCCUAGAAGUUUUGCUGUUGAGGGCCAAAGACAAAGAACACCAGAAAGAAGAAUGGAACGGUCUUUCUUUAACAUGGAGCAAGAGGAGUUUGGACAAACCCCCUGAAGUCUUGGAGAAGACAGGCUGGAACGACUUGUCUGACACAUGGGACAAACGGGAUUGGAACAGACUUUCUGGAAUGUGGGGCAAACGUGACUGGAAUAGACUUUCUGGGAUGUGGGGCAAAAGGGACUUGAAUAAGCUUCCUGUGAUAUGGGACAAAAGAGACUGGAAUAAACUUUCUGGGAUGUGGGGCAAACGGGACUGGAAUAAACUUUCUGGCAUGUGGGGCAAAAGAGACUGGAAUAGACUUUCUGGGAUGUGGGGCAAACGGGACUGGAAUAGACUUUCUGGGAUGUGGGGCAAACGAGACUGGAAUAGACUUUCUGGAAUGUGGGGCAAACGGGACUGGAAUAGACUUUCUGGGAUGUGGGGCAAACGGAAUUGGAAAACCCCGUCUCAACUUAGGAGCAAACGAAGUACAGAUCCAAACAGUUUAACUGGAAUUUUUCUUAUGGUGCCGAAUGCAACGAGUGAUGAGAUGUGGGUAUUUCAAGAGCCAUUGGAAGUCAGACAUCAGGAUUCGUCAGACGGUCUCCUACCUGAAGAGUGAAUGACAAGAGAAUUAGG